UGGACUAGGUGGUACCAGGGUUUUGUAGAGCCCGUUGUAAAAUCACUUAACCUCCUGCCUUUCCGGAACUUUUCUACUUCUAAAAGAAACAACCAGAGGUUGCUAUGAAAAGACGCGGAGAAAGCCGUUGAGAUUACCAAGAAGACACGUGGAGUUAAAUAAGGUAACCUUCGGUGAGGAGAUGUGCUCCGUAGUUCGUCUUGAUUGGCUUCACUUGGGCACAUGCGCAGUGGGACCAGGAAGCGUUUCGAAGAGGGUGGAAGUGACGAUGAGGAAAUUUUUCCCCAGCCGGGUUAGAGGACUAUCCUGCCGCGAAGGCGCCUGGGAAAUGGAGUUCCUAGAUAAACAGUCCCCGGCAGUCUGGAAGUCAGCCGCGCCUGCGCGGAUGUCCGGCCUCCAGGAAGAGGGUGCGUGCGCAGCGUCUCUAGCCCCCAGCGGAAGUUUCCUUGGGACAAUCGAGAAGGCUACUGUCAAGAUGGAGUUUCCAGGCCAGUGAAUCCAAGAGCCAGACUGUGACCCUAUAAAGCUCUUAGGAUGGCCUGUGGUUUUCAAGAGCAAGAUCUGGAAUUCUGUAUGUCAACACUAAAAGGAAACAGGCCCAAGAAGCUCUGAAUCUACAGUAUGGAAAGAAAGAAGGGAAGAAUAGAAAUGUUAACAAACGGAAUAUAAUAAGAUACAUGAUCUCUUUCUGUCCAAACUGUGGCCGAAAUAUUGAAGCAACUUUCAAAUUCUGUCCCUACUGUGGAAAACCUUUGCCUACUGAGGAGCAUGCAGGGUCCCAGACCUUGGCCAAGCCGCUCGGGUCAUCCUUCCGAGGCUCAAGGAGAGAACCGAAAUCCAGUUCUGAAAUCUCUCCCAAGAAAGUGAAGUGGUCAAGCACUGUCACCUCUCCUCAGUCACCCCACCUCUCAGAUGGUGACAAUACUGAAUCUGAAGAAACCUUGAAUUCCUCUGAGAGACCCAAAGGGGCCUGGAGAAGAUCCCCAACCUCCAAAAGUAGCCCACAGUCCACCAGGCGAAGCCCUCAGACACUGAAGCGAAGCCGGGUGACCACCUCACUUGAGGCUUUGCCUAUGGGGACGAAGCUGACAGACAAGAAUGGGCAGCACUGGAAGCUAGGGAUCCUCCAGACCAGAAAUGACCAGGGCAUUCUCUAUGAAGCUGAGCCCACUUCUACCCUUGCCUGUGGGUCAAAGCCCUGGAAAAACAGAUUCUCUCUCAAACUGGAUGCGAAGGAUGGGCGCCUGUUUAACGAGCAGAACUUCUUCCAGCGGGCUGCCAAGCCUCUGCAAGUGAACAGGUGGAAGAAGCUGCACUCAAUGCCCCUCCUCGCCAUCCCCACCUGCAUUGGUUUUGGUGUUCACCAGGACAAGUACAGGUUCUUGGUAUUCCCCAGACUAGGGAGGAGCCUUCAGUCAGCCCUGGAUGACAACCCAAAGCAUGUGAUUUCAGAGAAGUGUGUGCUCCAGGUGGCCUGCCGGCUGCUGGAUGCACUGGAGUUUCUCCAUGAAAAUGAGUAUGUUCAUGGAAAUCUGACUGCCGAGAAUAUCUUUGUGAAUCCAGAAGAUCUGAGCCAGGUGACUCUGGUGGGCUAUGGCUUCACGUUCCGCUACUGCCCAAGUGGCAGACACGUGGCGUACUCAGAAGGCAGCAGGAGCCCACAUGAUGGGGACCUCGAGUUCAUCAGCAUGGAUCUACAUAAGGGAUGCGGGCCCUCCCGCCGUAGCGACCUCCAGACCCUGGGCUACUGUAUGCUGAAGUGGCUCUACGGACUCCUGCCAUGGACAAACUGUCUUCCCAACACUGAGGCUAUCAUGAAGCAGAAACAGAAGUAUCUUGACAACCCAGAGCUCCUUGUGGGACUGCGUCGCUCCUGGAUCAAGCCCUCAGAGACCCUGCAGGAGUACCUGAAGGUGGUGAUGGCCCUCAAGUACGAGGAGAAGCCGCCCUACGCUAUGCUGAGGAGCAAUCUCGAAGCCCCACUGCAGGAUCUCCGGGUGUCACCCUACGACCCCUUGGACCUCCAGCUGGUGCCCUAGGUGAAAUCCAGAACUUUCAACUUGCAGUUCAAAACAGAAGAAAAGAAUUGAAGUGAUGUGAAUCAAGGCCUGCUGUUUAAUCACAGAUAAGCUUCUAGAAAAAUCCCUCGAAUGUGCAUUCCUGGCACUUCCUUAGACCUGACACGUCAGUUCUGAUCAGUGUCAGAGAACCAGAGUUUCCCUCCAGAUACUGUGAAGUUCCCCCUCUCAACCAUCCUGUCUUGUCAACAUCGUCUCUCAGUCACUGGGAUUGUGCUGAAGGAGACCGCAGCUCCCAGGCAGGUUGGGCCUCUCAGUAGGACCCUUCUACCAUUGGCACCACUAGAGUUUUACAAUAAAUUGUUUUAUUGGA